CAAAACGAAACAGGCACAGAUAUCGGAUCAUCACCUUCAUUACAUUAUUACAUCUAAAUGACAAAAAUACUCUUUAAAUUUUAUAUUACAGUAUUUCACUCUCUUCCCAUCUCUUCUAACUAAACUUUUCUUCUCUGUCUCCGCCAUUUUACCACCACCACACUCACAGAAGCUUCCAAUAUCAUUACAUCCCGAUCUAAGAUUAAGGUUCACAUCAUUACCUUGAUCUGGCAUUUUCAAUGAAUCCAAAUUAAGGUUAGGUCUUUUUUUAUAAUAAUAAUCAGGGUUUGUUUCUCUAUCCAGUGCUACUCAAACUGAAGCUUCAUCCACUAUUGAAGGGAUGAGUUUUCAGGGAUUUCAAUUAGUUUUCAAGAAACCCUUUUCUUGGAUUUGAGUUAAUGUCUCUGGGUUUGAUCCAACAAAUUGAUCUUGUGCAUCUGGGUUUUUGUAAAGAUUCAAUUUUUAUUUGGUUGAAUGAAUUGUAAAUUUUGAUGUGGGUUGUUGUUGUUGUUAGUAAUAUAAUCAUAUGAUUGAUAAAGAUGGUGGCUACAUUUAAUAGGAGUUUGUCUGGUCAUUAUAGCAGAAAGGGUUUGAGUUUUGGAAGCCCUAGGAGUCCUAGAGUUGGAGGACAUCGAAAGACAUGGGUAUCAAGGUCGUUUCAUAUACUUGUUGGAUGUAGUUUGUUGAUUACAUUCGUUUUAGCAAUGGGUUGUGGUUAUUUGUAUGUGCUUCCUAGUCUAACCCAAGCUUUUCAUGGGUAUGGUUUGUCAAACGACUCGAAACCAGUUGAGAGUAUAGGCGGAACAUGUGAUUUAUUUGAGGGAAAUUGGGAGCCAUAUAUUGGUUAUCCAUUGUAUAAUAGCUCAGAGUGUCCGUUCGCUGAACCAGGGUUUAAUUGCUUGGCAAAUGGGAGGAAGGAUAUCGAUUAUUUGAAAUGGAGGUGGAAGCCUAAGAAUUGUAAUGUACCGGUGUUUGAUGUACAUGUAGUUUUGGAGAGACUUCGUGGGAAACGGGUUGUUUUUGUUGGUGAUUCGAUGAGUAGAACACAAUGGGAGUCUUUGAUUUGUUUGCUUAUGACUGGAGUAGAAGAUAAAAAAAGCAUUUAUGAAGUGAAUGGGAAUAAGAUUACUAAGCAGAUUCGGUUUUUGGGUGUACGGUUCAGUUCCUUCAAUUUUACGAUUGAGUUCUUCCGAUCAGUUUUCUUGGUGCAGCAUGGUUGGGUGCCUAGAAUUGGUCCGAAGAGAGUUAGAUCGACACUUAAGCUGGAUAAGUUGGAUGAUAUUAGUAAAGAAUGGAUUGAUUCAGAUGUUCUUAUUUUUAAUACAGGACAAUGGUGGACUACUGGCAAGCUUUUCGACACGGGCUGCUAUUUUCAGGUUGGAAAAGCGCUAAAGCUUGGGAUGUCUAUCACGGCUGCUUACGGAACAGCAUUAGACACCUGGGCCUCAUGGGUUGAGAAAUCGGUCAACACAAAUAGAACGAAGAUCUUCUUUCGGAGUUUUGAGCCUUCGCAUUGGUCUAAUUGGAGUGAUCAAUCACGGAGAUCCUGCAAUGUGACUCAAUUCCCCAUGUCAGAAACCGAAGGGAGAGACCAGAGCCCCUUUUCAGACAUCAUAUCAGAAGUGGUAAAGAACAUGACUGUUCCUGUUACAGUUCUUCAAGUUACUUCUAUGGGGGCUUUUCGGAGCGACGCCCAUGUGGGACCCUAUAGUGACAUGCCAGAUGUGGCUGACUGUAGUCACUGGUGUCUUCCUGGAGUACCUGAUGUGUGGAACGAGUUUAUGGUGUCAUUGCUUCUUGCUGACGAAAAACUUGCUCUAACAAAUACGGCCUGGUAACUUUAAUUUUACUUCUUUUUUCCCUUGCGUUUCCGAAGAGAAAUAUAGGAAUUAAAACCAGCCAAUCAAUUUUUUUGUUCUUGUAGUCUUCUCCAUUCUUAUGUACAUAUUCUUAGAUUAGCCAAAAUUGUUUCACAAAAGAAACAUCAGUAUCUUUCUAUAGAGGUGAGUUAUUUUGUUGUUCGGUUUCUAGUCUGCAAAAGUGAAUAAUGCAAGAAAAUUUCAUUGGAAAUCUACUCUCUUAGCAAAGAGUCAGGUUUUUCUCUUCGCAAAUGC